AUGGAAGAUCGGAAACUUAUGUUGAAAAGUAUCGACAAUAAUAGUGAUCACGAUUACAGUCUCCAAUUGAAUCGAUGGUAUCUCAAGCCGAUUGGGGCUUGGCCAUUGACAAGUGCGUCGAGCACGACCGAGAAGGUAAUGCUGUUAAUACAGGUACUCGUUUGUUGGGCGAUAGUGUGUUCUAUAAUGAUACCGUGUACGUUAUACGUGUUUUUUGAAAAUGUGAGCAUCCGAGAGAAAUUGAGUGCCAUUGCUCCACUGCUUAACAGAGUUAUGGGCUCUUUCAAUUAUUUGGUGCUGCUCCAACACAGCGUCAACAUUCGCGAUUGUAUAGAACACAUGGGUGCGGAUUGGGAGAUGAUGCAAAAAGCUAAUGAUCGCGAAGUGAUGAUGCAGCACGCCAAGUUCGGUCGAUUCAUUGCCGUGAUCUGCGGAGUGAUCAUGCAGGGUGGUACGUUUCUCUAUGGCGUGGCCAAAGCGAUGAAAACCGUAACAAUCGUUAUCGGCAACGAGACCGUCACGAUGCACCCGAUGACGUGUCCAGCAUAUAGCAAGAUCAUCGACACGAGAUACGGUCCUGUGAACGAGAUCGUGCUGGUUGUACAGAUCUUGUCGACAUUUGUAGUGAGUUCCGCAACGGUCGGUAUUUGCAGUUUAGCCGCUGUCUUUGCAACGCACGCCUCUGGUCAAUUGAACGUGCUAUACAUGCGGUUGGGCGAACUCAGCGAGAAUCAAAAAGAGGACAUUCAUAUAGCCGAACAAAGUAUGAUCAGCAUCGUGGAGCAUCACCUGAGAGUGUUGAGUUUUAUAUCGCGCGUGGAAAAUAUAAUGCAUAAGGCCUCUCUCGUGGAAUUGACGGGAUGUACUAUAAUUUUGUGUUUACUUGGAUAUUAUAUUCUCCUGAAUUGGGGUACAUUUGAUGCAGCACAAAUAAUAUCUUACGUUAUAGUAUAUGUAUCCAUGGCUUUUAAUAUUUUUAUAUUUUGCUACAUCGGCGAGAUUCUCACCGAAAAGUGCAAACAUGUCGGUCAAAUGGCGUAUAUGACAAAUUGGUAUAAAUUGAAUCCCAAAACUGCACGUGGACUUGUAUUAAUAAUUGCUCAAUCGAGUAAAGUGAUCAAGAUAACCGCAGGAAAGUUAUUGCCACUCUCUAUUGCAACUUUUGGAGAUGUACUUAGAACUUCCAUAGUAUAUUUGAAUAUAUUGCGAACAAUGACUAUGUAA